UAUAUAAUAAUGGUUAGCUAGAUAUUUUGCCCACAUGCCUUAAAAAAAUGAAUAUUUAGAUAACGUGGUUCGUUUUUAGCCAAGUGUUCCUCUUUUGUUGUCACAGUCAAUACACACAAGCACACUUUCCCUCUGUCCCUACUCUCUUUUCUCAACGGUUUCCCUUUCUUUCUCUUUCAAAAUAAUUGAUAACCAAUCACAAAGCCUCCAACUUAGGAAAUAGCUCCUCACACAAAACUCACACACUCACAAACACUCUGCCUGUUACCUUAUUCUUUCCUUCAAAACCAAGUAUGCUUCACUAUAUAUGUAACACACCUUACUCUUCAUUCUCUUAAAAACAACUAUCUCUCCAACACAUACAUAUGUUUACUACUAACAACUCUUCCUAUUCACACUCCAUUUCCUCAGAAGCAUCUUCUUCCUACUAUAACUCAUUACCGGAAUCGGAGAUACGAUUAGCAGCUAGUAACCCGAAGAAGAGAGCAGGGAGGAAGAUAUUCAAGGAAACUCGCCACCCGGUGUAUAGAGGUGUAAGGAAGAGGAACUUAGAUAAAUGGGUUUGUGAAAUGAGGGAACCCAACACGAAGACUAGAAUUUGGCUAGGAACUUUUCCAACAGCCGAGAUGGCAGCCCGAGCCCACGAUGUUGCUGCGAUGGCAUUGAGGGGUCGCUACGCCUGUCUCAAUUUUGCAGAUUCGGUGUGGCGGCUUCCUAUUCCAGCAACUUCCUCAAUAAAAGAUAUUCAAAAGGCAGCUACAAAAGCCGCCGAAGCUUUUAGACCAGACAAUACUAUAAUGAUUACCAACAUUGAGACUGUUGUAGCUGUUGUCGCCACAAAGGAGUUGAAUAUGUUUUGUGUGGAAGAAGAAGAGGAAAUGUUGAAUAUGCCGGAGUUUUGGAGGAAUAUGGCACUAAUGUCCCCUACACAUAGCUUUGAGUAUCAUGAUCAAUAUGAAGAUUUUCAUUUUCAAGACUUUCAAGAUGAUGAGGACUUUAAAAGAAGAUCUAUCACCAUGAGUUGGGUUCUUACUGCAAUUGGAGUUCUUUCGCCACAUUUCACGGUAACAUCAAGGAUCGUGAUUGUUGCCGUGACCGCAAACCCUACUUUUCUAUUUCUGGUUUCUUUGUUUUCUUCUUGGCAAGGAAAGCUACAAAAGAAGAAUAUGAAUGAAACUUGAGAAUUUACUACUGAAGGAUAAGCCAGUGAUUAAUAUCCUAAUUAAUUUCUUCAGUGUUUUAUUUAGAAGGGUAU